GGAGCAGUGCGGUGGUACAAAGGCCUGGACAGAAGCCAACCUCCCAUUUACAGUGAUAAAGAAGGAGCUCCGAACCGGGGGGUGAGGGUCAUCCCAGGAUCAAGCACAGACUUCAGCAUCUCCAUCCGAAACAUCCUCCCUGAAGAUGCUGGGACCUACUACUGCGUGAAGGUCACGACAGAGAACCCAGAGAGACAGCUGGCUUCGGGGAAAGGCACCGUGGUCUCUGUGAUCGCCAGGCCAUCCCAGCCUUUGCUCCGUGGCCCCCCAGGCAGAAUCACAGGGUCUCGGGCCUCUUUCAACUGCUCCUCAGAGGGAUUCUCCCCUCGAGAGAUCACAGUCACCUGGUUGAAGGAUGGGAAGGAAAUAGAGGGGGCCCAGACCAGGAUUCUGGAUUCUGGUGAACAGCAGAACAUCUCGUACCGAGUGGAGAGCACGGUGGAAGUGCUGCUCGGGAAAGGAGACAUAAGGUCGCAGCUGACCUGCCAGAUCCACCACAGCUCCUUGGAGGCUCCCCUCCAGCAGGACUUUCCUCUUGGUGAUAUCCUAACAG